ACGGAUAUUCUCCUUCUUGCGGACGUCUUUGAGCAAUUUCGAUCCAGUUGUCUUAAAACAUAUAAUCUUGACCCAGCUCAUUACUUUACUCUUCCCGGCUUCACAUGGGAUGCAAUGCUUAAGCAUACAAAACAGGAACUGGAGCUUUUAACAGAUCCAGAUAUGUUUUUGUUUGUGGAGCGUGGUAUUCGUGGUGGUUUGAGUCAAGUAUGCUCGAAACGUCGCGUCCACGCUAAUAACAAGUAUAUGGAAUCUUACGAUCCAUCAAAGCCCGACUCCUAUCUCAUGUAUUUCGACGUUAAUAAUCAAUAUGGCUGGGCAAUGUCGCAAUUCCUUCCGUAUGGAGGGUUCGAGUGGGUUGAUGCUAACAUCGAUGUUCUGUCCACACCUGACGAUGCUUCUGAAGGGUACUUCCUCGAGGUCGAUCUGGAGUACCCCCAACAUAUUCACGAUCGUCAUAAGGAUCUUCCGUUUUGCCCCCAAUCAUUGAACCCUAAAACUAUGCUUCCUCCUAAACGACCGCGAGAGCAAACCAAAUUAAUGGCUACCCUUCAUGAUAAAGAAAGAUACGUAAUUCAUUACAGAACUUUGAAGCAAGCGCUAGCACACGGAUUGGUGCUCAAAAAGAUUCACCGAGUCCUAAAAUUUAAGCAGAGUCCUUGGUUAAAAUCAUACAUUGACUUGAAUACAAAUCUCCGAAAGGCAGCGAAAAAUGAAUUUGAGAAAAAUCUCUUCAAGCUGAUGAACAACGCUGUGUUCGGCAAGACCAUGGAGAAUGUGCGCAAGCGCGUUGACAUUAAAUUGCUUACUGAAUGGGAGGGUCGUUACGGAGCAGAAGCUAGAAUAAGUAGUCCCCUAUUUAAGAAUGCUACUAUUUUUAAUGAAAACUUGGUAGCUGUCGAGAUGCAUAGAGCGGAAAUAUGGUUGGAUAAACCAAUAUACGUGGGCAUGAGUAUAUUGGAUUUGGCUAAAACCACGAUCUAUGAUUUUCACUAUGGGUAUUUAGAUAGAAGGUUUGGUGAGAACUUUACGACCUGCUAUACAGAUACCGAUUGUGAGAUCGUAGAGAUACGGGAAAAAGAUCCCUAUGAAGCUGUGAAAACAGACUGCCACAAGUAUUUCGAUACAUCUGACUAUCCUAAAGACAAUAUGUAUGGCAUCCCCCAGGUUAAUAAAAAAGUACUUGGACUGAUGAAGGAUGAGAAUAAUGGAUGCAUUAUGACAGACUACAUAGGGCUCAGAUCUAAAUUAUAUACAACAAAAGUAGCUAUCACAGAUAAUGAUAUAAUGAAACUGAGGGGAAAGUUAAUAGAUCAGGAGUAUGAGGACGAUGAGAUUGAAAUACUUAUUAAAAAUUAUGGUGUGACAAAGAAGGCGAAGGGGGUUAAAAAAUCUGUUGUAAAGACUAAAAUUACCUUCGAAGACUAUGUCGAGUGUUUGGAUACCUUUACAACUAAGACAGCCUCGCAGAAUCUUAUACGCUCUGAUAAACACCACGUAUAUACAAUUACACAAAGCAAGAUUGCUCUUAGUCCCACUGACGAUAAACGAUAUCACCUUCCGGAGUCUUAUGAUACGCUACCGUGGGGACACUAUCUAGUUGAUAAUCUUAAGAUGGAUGUUGAUUAGAUUUAACACAAAUCAGGAUUACAAUAAGCCAGCCAUAUUUUAUCAUUUAUCCUUGAUGAUCUGAUUGCCUUUAAGAUUGAUGUUGAUUGAAUAUAGUCAUUUUUUAAACUUUAUUACAACCACAAUAUACAUCUGAAUCAAACAAUUUUUUUAUUAUAUUCCUCUUAUCAUCCUUUAAUAUCACUCAUUAUUUUAAUGUCAUUAAAUAUUAUUUAGUUGAUUGAAUAUAGUCAUUUAUCAAACUUUAUUAUUACAGCUAACAUAAUGCUAUAUAUAUCUGAAGCAGGCCCUUUUAUUAUAUUCCUUUGCUCAGCCUUUCCUACAUUCAUCGUUUUUAUAUAAUAUGAUAAUUGUACUAGAUCAUAGUUAUGCAUCUCAAAAUUAAGUAAAAUUAUUAAGAUUAGCACAUAUAAAAAAAAGAUGUUUAGUUAUGACCACUAAAAAGAUAUCUGAUAUGGACCAAAAUAACUGGCAAAUUAAUGAGCCGUUCUGGUUAACUCUAGAACCGUUGCUCGUGUAGCCUCCAAGUUAAGACGAUCGAUAACUUAAUGGUCUUCUUUUUCCCCGAUUUAGUUUUAAGUCUUCGAUAGCCUGUCACAAAACAGGAGUCGGAAAAAUACCUAGUUUUAAGAUUAGAUAACCUAGAGCUACCGCAUUUACCCUCAAUAAUUCAUUUUGAAUACUAUAGUAUCUAAUGAAUUAGAAUUAACACCAAAGUUUCGAUGUUUUAACAUUAAUAUGAAUAAAAGAUGUCCAACAGAUCAAUAAAAAGAUGUCUACUAAACCAAGUUAGAUAAUAAUGUGCUUAUCUUAGUAUGUAAGUUAAGUAUAUGGCUAUCAUUAAAUAUAUUGUCAUAUAAUGUAAAAUAAUUCAUUCCUACUAACCAUCAACUCUACUAACAUGGCGGUCGAUGUAGUCGUACCUUCACGUUGGUGACUGCUGUUAAGAACAUAUUUUUGUUUUUUUUUUUUUAACAAAUUUAUGUUCGACCGAAUUGACUACUUUUCAUUCAUUGCAUGCUAACAUCAUUUUUAUAUGUCAAAUCUUAUCAUGUAGCACCUCAAAUUACAGGAUUUAGAAUGUCAAAUUACGUUGUGAUGUCUGUUUUAACACCAUGUCAUGUAUAACGCCCUUUUGACACAUUAUCGUUUAUUAUUUGCCUGAUAUGUCGAAUCUCAUCGUAUGACACCUCAAAUUACAGGAUUUUGAAUGACAAAUUACGUUAAGAUGUCUGUUUUAACACCAUGUUAUGUAUAAGGCCUCUUUGGCACUCUAUCAUAUGCUUUAUGUGAUUAUUUAUAAAUUGAUUCUUAUAUUAUGGAUCAGUGUAUUGUUGUAUGCAAACAAGGAUGGAUGUGUUUUUUAAUGUGUGUGCUACUGCUGCGUUGCAUGGCAACAGCAGAUACCUUUUCCUUUUUAAGGUUUUUUUAACCGCAUAAGUGAGUGGAUAAAUGAAAAAAGUUUUAUUUUUAUCAUUUCUUUAUCUCUUCAUUCAUUUUAUUAUACCCCAUAUUUCUAUUGGGCGAUAUCAAAAUAGGAUUAAUAACCAUGGCAGUUUCAUGCAUCUUUAUGUAUUGUCAUUGUAAGCUACACCAUCUAUUAUUUACAAGUACAUUAAACGUGUAAGAAAUAAGACAAGAUAUAUUUUAUAUAAAUUUAUUAUGGAUAUCUAAACAUUACAUUAUAAUUCAUUAAGCCGUGAUUAAUACAUUUGCUUUUUAAAAAAAGCCGUUCAGAUUCUUCGUUGGAGCAGAACGCAGUGAAUUCAUUAUUUUUCUUUAUGUGAUGUAUAAGUUUGCAUGCAUAUCCUCUUCUCCGAUGAUUAGGUAAAGUGUAUACGUAUUCUAAUACUCUUGGUACAUCAUGUUGUCCAAGUGGAUCAAAGUCACGUUUCGAUAAGAGUACAAAUGAUGCUGGUACUCCGCUGACAUAAAAGAUGUAGCAGGUAACUUUUGUGUUUGUCAUCCAUUGAUCAAUAAGUAUAUCAUCUACAUUUAACUGCUUAAUUUUUCUGACUGCGUUCGGACCUCUGAACAACUCAAUUUUUUCCAUCUUGCUUCAUCGAUUGAUUGAAUGAUACUGAUUUUUGCUUUAUUCAUUCUAUCAUGUAUCUGUGAAUUUUGAAGGAGUGGGGGAACGUCAUAGUAUUCUAUCGCGUAUCUGUGAAUUUUCCAUGAGUGGGGGAACGUCAUAGUAUUCUACACCGAAGGUUUAUAUAUCAUAUAAACGUUGUAUACAUUAUUAUGUUCCGUUUACGGAAGGAUUAGAGUUAAUAAUAAACAUAAAAACUAGAUGGCAAAUGUAGUCUCCUAUAUAUUGAAUAGACGAUUAUUUAACUAUAAAAGUAAAAUACCAACCUACAUAAUAUUACCCUCCUUGCCGUAGAUAAAAUACAGUAUGCGAAUCGCAAUACCAUUUUUUUUUUUGUUUGGUGAUUUUCAUGAUACUACCCAACUUUCCGUAGAAAAGACUUGUACAUGAGAUGUUUGCUGGUUUGGCCACAGCGUAUGAAUGGUAUAUGUUCAUUGUAGGAAUGUAUGAUUGGAGGGAGAUCGAGGAUGUUUGUUGGUCAUACUGUAAGUAUGGUAUACGUUGUUCUAGAUGGCUUGGGCAUAGUUACAUGUUGCAGCCGACAGGUGGCGAUUUGUAUGACGAGAUUAUCAACUGUGAUAGGAUGUUUGAUGGAUUGGUCAUACUGUAAGUAUGGUAUACGUUCUUCUAGAUGGCUUGGGCAUAGUUACAUGCUGCAGCCGACAGGUGGUGAUUUGUAUGACGAGAUUAUCAACUGUGAUAGGAUGUUUGAUGAUUUGGUCAUACUGUAAGAAUGGUAUACGUUCUUCUAGAUGGCUUGGGCAUAGUUACAUGUUGCAGCCGACAGGUGGCAUGAUUAGGCGAAGAACUGUAAUAGACGUGGAAUCCCCAUUAAGUUGACAGGUCAAAAUAUCUCCAAUAGCAACAAAUAUAUCACCGUUUUGGCAAUGUUGCCAUGUUUCUCCUUUCCUUCAACGUCUGUUGCGUUAAAAUCAAUAGCAACGAAGAUAUAGUGCUGUUUUGUCAUUGCUGACAUCUUUGUUUUUAUGUUAACAUAUUCAAUAUCCCCUCUUUUUCCAACAAGACCUUAUUCACAAAAAUUGAACUAAUAGACACGAAGAUACGAUAUAGUGCCGUUUUGGCAAUGUCUUUGCGUUUGUUUUUCAUGUUAACAUAUUCCUUGAACCUUCCACUUUC